AUGGCCUACUUCAGGCAGCGGAUGUUUCUGUGGGCACCGAUGCGGAUGUGGAGUAUUCCAAUUAAAUGUGUGCAGUGCAACAGCAAGAUGCACCACUCUGGGAUUUACCCAAAAGCCCGGGAAGUAAUUGACCUUGACUCCAGGUAUUACUUGAUCGGCGGAGACUAUCCUCGGUGCAGUAAGUGCAAAAUCCCUGUCUGCCCUUGGAGCACUGAUGUGCUAAAUCAGUUGGAUCCUGCCCACCGAAACAAGUUCCCUGCUGUUCUCACCACACAGCACGCCCUGGACAGGAAGUGUGUUACCUUCCUCAAACCAAGAACAGUAGGAAACAGCUCCAGUUACAUGCAGCAAGCCCUGGAGGAAGUUCACAGUGAGGAGUGGGGAAGGCGCACAGUUGAGUACCUGUCGGACUGUACGCUUCACAGCAGGAGGACUGCAUUGACCCAGUAUGAGCCAGUAGCCUAUGAGCAGCCACCAACCUAUCGCACCCUACCCCUUGCACAGUGGUUUGAGAGGGUCCAUGCCAAUGAAAUCCUGGGUCAUCUGGAUGAGAUGAAGGGUGUCAUAACAUUGACAUACGGCAGGAUCCUAAAGCUCGACUCCACAAAAAAGAUCACAAAGAAGCUUGCUGGUGACAUUGCAGACUCGGCUACCUGGAUGACGAAUGUCACCAACGAAUGUGGGCAGCUGCUCAACUGUGUGCUCACCACUGGUGAGGGAGCUGGACUGGAUGAGUUGUGCCAGGGGAUCGUGAAGCGCUACAAGGAUGCCGGAGAGCCAGAGCCAGAAAUCAUUUAUGUUGACAGAGAUUGCUGCAGUGGGAAAGGUGUGUGA